CUUUUUUCAGAAGAAAAUUUGGAUAAGAUAGUCUCCUAUGCUUUUGAUUUCUACUUUUAUCAAAGAACAUUGCUAAAAUGAGUAGAUACUUGAGUCAGUCAGUAUUUAUUUGACUACCUCCUUUUGCCAAGCACUUUACAUAGAUUAUCUCAUUUAAUUCCCAUAAGCUCAAUAAGGUGGCACCAUUAUUUCCAUUUUACAGGUGAGAAAUCAGGUUCAGAGGUUUAGCUUCUACCCAAGGUCAUAAGACCAGAUGGUGGCAGAGUUAAGAUUUGACUCAUAUUUGUGACUCAGAGCUCAAAAUUUUUUAACAACCUUGAUACUCUGUUUCUCACUCAGCAGCACAACAAGGGCAAAUACGUUCCUACUCCCACAGAGACUAGUGUCCAGUAGAUACAGGGAAUAAAUAUUUUAUUCAGUGGACACUAGUUGAGAAUUGUUUCCUACAAAGACAUGAAAACAAUCUUCGAAUACUUGAAGUACCGUGGUUUGGGGAGGCAAAAUGAUCAAAGGUAUAUAUUACAGGGAGGCAGUUCUGGAUAUAAUUUAAAGAAGGAGGGCUUUCAACAUUUAGAAACUGUUGGAAUUAAAUUAAACCUGUCUUGAGUGGUAGUGAGUUUUCCUUCACUGGAGUUGUGUGGACCGACUGACUGCCCUCUGGUGACAAAUAUACAUACAUUGGAUAGGGGUUAGGUAUAGGAAUUACUUGAGACCUUUGUAUACCUUAUGAUUUUAAGGUGGCAGACAUGGGUCAUUGUCUUAAUCAGUUUGGGCUACUAUAAGAAAUAUAUUGUAGACUGGGUGGCUUAAACAACCAACAUUUAGUUUCCACAGUUCUGAAGACUGGGAAGUCCAAAAUUUUGGUGCAGUCAGAUCUGGUAUCUGGUGAGAGCCUUCUUCCUGGUUUGCAGGCCUGCUUUCUGCUCUCACCUUGGAGAACAGAGGGAGAGAAAGAGAAGAGCAUGUGCUCUACUUUCUCUCUUCUUAUAAGGACACUCAUCCCAUCCUGGAGACCCUACACUCAUGACCUCAUCUGAAGCCAGUUAUCUCCCAAAGACCCACCUCCUAAUGGCGUCUCACGCUCUUGUGGCAUUAUCCUUCAGUGGGGCUAUUGGGCUGACUUUUCUUAUGCUGGGAUGUGCCUUAGAGGAUUAUGGCGUUUACUGGCCCUUAUUCGUCCUGAUUUUCCACGCCAUCUCCCCCAUACCCCAUUUCAUUGCCAAAAGAGUCACCUAUGACUCAGACGCAACCAGUAGUGCCUGUCGGGAACUGGCAUAUUUCUUCACUACUGGAAUUGUUGUUUCUGCCUUUGGAUUUCCUGUUAUUCUUGCUCGUGUGGCUGUGAUCAAAUGGGGAGCCUGUGGCCUUGUGUUGGCAGGCAAUGCAGUCAUUUUCCUUACAAUUCAAGGGUUUUUCCUUAUAUUUGGAAGAGGAGAUGAUUUUAGCUGGGAGCAGUGGUAGCACUUUAUUCUGAUUACAGUGCAUUGAAUUUCUUAGAACUCAUACUAUCUGUAUACUUGUGCACAUGCAGCAUUUUACUAUGAAAUUUAAUAUGCUGGGUUUUUUUAAUACCUUUAUAUCACGUUCACUUUAAGGAAGACUUCAUAAGUAAAAGAUGAGUUUUAUUCUCAGCAAAUAGACCUGUCAGAUUUAGAUUAUGUUACUCAAAUUAUGUUACUCUUUUGGCUGUUCAUGUAGUCAUGGUGCUGUCAGACAAUAUGUUAACCCAGUCUUGUAGACAGCUGCCACCUUACGCAGUGCAUGUAAACCUUUUGCUUGGGGAUGUGCUUGGAGAGGCAGAUAACACUGAAGCAGGUCUCUCAUGGCCCAGGAAGGCAGGGGUGGAUCCCUCCUUGUGUUGUAGUCCAUGCUAUUCAAAGUGUGGCCCACAGACCAAGAGCCUCAACAUUUCCUAGGGCCUUAUUAGAUAAGUGCAGAAUCUGAAGCCCCACUCUGGACCCAGGGCAUUUUGAUGAGAUCCACAGGAGCUGUAUGCACAUGAAGGUUUGAGAAGCAUCGUCAUAGAGAAGUAAACAUCACACCCAACUUCCUUAUCUUCCCAGUGGCUAAACCACUUAACCUCUCUGGGUGUUACCUGCUCAUUUGUUUGAAAACAAAAAAAAAGUCUCAGCUGCCCUCAAGUUCAGAUGUUCAAGCCUAUAAUAUUUAGGCUGUUCCUCAAAUUUGUGAAAAGUGUUCUCAGAAUUGGGAGAUAGUCAAAGGGUACAAAGCCUCAGGAGGAAUAAGUGUGAUUUUUUUUUUUUUUAAGAUCACUUGCACAGCAUGCUAAAUAUAGGAAUAAUUGAAUGUAUAUUUCAGUAUUGCUAAGAGAGUAAAUUUCUAAUGUUUUCAUUAAAAAGUUAAAUAUUUGAGGUCGUAUGUUAAUUAGUGUAAUCAUUCCACCUUAUAUUCAAAACUCAUAACACCAUAUUGUACCCUAUAAAUAUAUACAAUAAUUUGUAAAUAUAUAAUCAAAAUAAGUUAAAAAACAACAAAAAAGCCCCUCUCCCCCAAAAAAAUUCUCAGUGGGGAACAGAUGUAUCUUCUCAUCUGAAAGGCAAUGCUGGGGGAAGGGCUCCACUGAGAUGUGGGCUGGGAGGCUGGGCUGGAGCCAGCCCCUGCAUUAGCAGGACGGGAAGAAUAGAUAUGUGACUCUUUUACAUUUCCUUUAUGAUCUGGGCUUCUCCCCAGCUCCUUCCCUCUGCCCCCCACCCCUACUCUUCAGCAGUUCUGGUUUGCCCUGACUUCUCUGCGACUCUGGCUUCUUCCUGAAGUGAUACAGGAGCCAUGUAAGCACGCAGUGGAUGAACUGCUUGAUUUCACUACAUGUUGAUGUACUUAUUGUCUUCUAUCCUGUAGGUCUUUUCUAUAUAACUUUAUGCCACCCUUAAAUGAAUCAUUGGGUAUACAUGUCAUGUUGGAUCCUGUGAUCACAGUUUUCCCAGCUCAUCUUUUUCUAAGAUCUGUUGAGGAAGGGAAAUAUGGGAAGGAGAACCAUUUGAUCAGAAUACAACCAAUAGUCUUUAAGCAUUUUUAAAGUAUGAAACUGAAAUACAUUCAAAACACUUAAUCCUUGAGGCUUGUGAUCUGAGUAAUUAGCAGAUAUGAUGCUGGGACCAGAAAAUAGAAAGUAAUAACUAAAGUGUUAAUGUGCAACGUUAUUUUUUGGACUUGUGCAUGAUUUUAUGUUUUCAAUGUCCUGUGUACAUAUAGAAUUGUUAAAGUUGUUGUUUCCAAUAUUUAUAUUAGAAAAAUUAUUUAGAUACUUUAUAAUUUUAACCAGCAUUUUUUAAUAAUGACACUCGCAUUUAUUGUAUUGUAAUAAAUUUCACUUUUAACUUUAAAAGUUUAACUUUAAAAGUUUUUAUUGUGAUGUUGCCUUGCCUGAAAAGAUAACAAAAACGAGAGAAUUUCUUGAUGUUUUAAAAUGGGCAGUUUUGAGCAAUAAUCUGUCCUAAUAGAACAAUAGCAAUAAGUUUUAGGAUACCAUUUUGAAUGUCUAGUUGCUGUGUAAUACCUUUUCUUUCUAAGAUGGCAAUAAUGAUUCGUUUCUACUACAUUUUGCAAAAGUGUUUUUGUUGCUUAUACACAUUUUCAAUAACCAAGAUAGCCUUCAUAUGUAGCCUUAAAGCAUUACCUCUUGACUGUAUCUUUAGAGUGAUAUAAAGUACUUGUAUAUAGAGUAUUUCAAGUGAUAGAUUAUUAGAUUUGCUCUAUGUCUGAAAGGAGAGCUAUUUAUUCUGUAGUGCCUACAUAUCAUUUAAAUAGUAAAUAUCAGUAGGAAAUAUUGCUGUAUCUGAAUAUAUAAUACAAAAGUUUGAUCAUGGUGACACAAAUGUUGGGCAUUUUUUUCCUUACAGAAGGCUCUUUUUUUUUUUUUUUUUUUGAGACAGAAUCUUGCUCUGUCGCCCAGGCUGGAGUGCAGUGGCACAUCUCGGCUCACUGCAAGCUCCGCCUUCUGGGUUCAUGCCAUUCUCCUGCCUCAGCCUCCCAAGUAGCUGGGACCACAGGUGCCCACCAACAUGCCUGGCUAAUUUUUUGUGUGUGUUUUUAGUAGAGAAGUGGUUUCACCGUGUUAGCCAGGCUGGUCUUGAUCUCCUGACCUUGUGAUCCGCCCACCUCAGCCUCGCAAAGUGCUGGGAUUACAGGCGUGAGCCACUGCGCCUGGCCAAGAGGCUUUUUUUUUUUUUUUUUUUUUUAAUAAGUUGUACAAUGUAUUUGGAGAUUCAGAGCAUAGUGACUGUAGUCUAAAACUGAGAUUGCACUUCUAAAAUUGUCCACAAGUAAACAAUCUUAUGAAGGGAUUCUUUAUCAUGUUUCAAACAAGUGGCUUACAAGCAGACUUUGAGACACUUUUCCACAGAAACAAUACCAUGAAUUGGUGAUUGAGUUUCCAGGCCAAGCCUCCCUCAACAGAUUCAACUCUAAUGUACCUGACCUGUGAUACUGAAGGUGCCUGCCUGAGUUUUGGGUCUGUGAGACAGGGUAGUGUGAGCAGUUCGGAGGAAGGACAGUGCAACUUUCCACCCCUUUUCCUAAGAACAAGGUCUUUCUCCUUUUAAUUUUUCCACUCAUUUUCACCUCCUAAUGCCCUUGAGAUCCAGGUGCACUCCUGGGAAUUUUGCUCACCUCUGCCAACUGAGAGCCUUCCCAUUGGCCUCCAUCUUCCCUCCUGAGGUUCUUCAUAUUCCAGAGUCACCCACCCUUCUCCUCUCAUUAGUUCUCUAAGUCUGAUGUCAUGUGGUGCUGAGAAGAAAGCAGAUCACACUUCAUCACAGAAACAAUGAAUGCCUUGUGAUUUUCUUCUCCACAUCUGAAACUCCUGACACCUGCAUUGGGCCGACUGCCAUUCCCAUGACUGCCGCACCUGCAUUUUUAGAGAAUGCCUCAUAACCCACUGAUUCUUGUUCACAGAGAAUGGGAGAACGGAAUGAAGAAACAUUCCAGCAGCUUAUGGAAGGAUAGCAAUAUUUUGGGACAGGGACAAUCCUAUCGUAUCUCAUCUCUUCCUCAGGAGGAGUUCUGAGCUGGUCUUGCUUUUCAUAGUUGUUUCUUUUCUUCCAUUUAAGAACCCAUAGAUUUUUCUUACGGUCCUGAGCAAGUCCUUACCUCUGAGGUAUCUCCUCCACGAAUACUGUUUUCAAGGCUGAAAUGGUUCAUCAUGUUAAUAACCUUCUUUAUGUUCUCAGGGAAAUGCUUAGGUGGUGUCACAAAAUGUGCCUUUUCAAAGUUUGCAAAAUCACAUUUUGUAUCCCAAUAGAACCAAAAUAUUUAUGAGGAUGCUAGUUGUGAACUAGUGAUUAGUUCGCAACUGAGAAGUAUUAUUUCUGUAGUAGAUACAUAUUAGUUGUGCAUUUUAAUUUAAUUCUCCUUUUUCCAUUUUGUCUCAUGAAGUACCUUAUUGCAAAAAUCCCACUGAGUAAUAGCUCAUAAAUUAUAAUCUUUCAAAUAGCCAUGCUACCAGCAUACAACAGUGAUACAUGUAACCCCAAAUGUAAUGUGAUAGGACAAUUACUUUGUAAAUAAAAGUUGUUACUGACAUUUUAA